GGCCCCCGCAUCCCCGCGCCGCAUCCCCGCGCCGCAUCCCCGCCGCCGGGCCCUGCUCCUGCUUUCCUCCCGCCUUGCGAGCGAGGAGCCGCCUGGGCCGGGCUGGGCAGCGGCGGCGGCGGCGCAUCCCUGUCUGCCUUUCAGAUAACCUCGGCGGCGGCGCGCCCGGGCCUGGCGCCGCAUCGGAGCCGCUGGGGGCCGAGCCAGGUGACGGACGGGCCGGAGACGGGCGGAGGGCGGGCACCCAUCGCGACCGGACCCCCGGGCUCCCGCUUGCCCGGCCUGAGUUUCUUUCCCGUUCUCCCCGGUGUCCCUUGGCUGGUGGGAGGGAGGGGAACCAACUCCCUCGGGAAGCCCCGCCCUGGAGCCAUGGAAACCCCGAAGUGCCUGGGGGUCCACCUGCCGGGGUACUGGGACCACUGACUCAGGCCAGAGAGGAAGCCUCCCGCGGACCUCCUCAGGCAGAGGGCAGAGGCCCUGGGGGACACACCUGUACCUUGGGGGUCUCCUCCACCCACCCCUCGGGUCAUUUCUCCUUCUUCUGAGACUUGCCCUGGGAGGAAGCUGGGGCUCCUGGGGGGGUCUCCCCCCCAGAUCUGCCCCCAAACAUUCUCACCGGCCGCCCCUGGGAGUCAGGGGGGCGGCCGGGGGACGCCUCAGUCCUGGCCGUGCCAAGAUGCUGUCCCGGAUGCUGGGUCCUCACCGGCACCCCCAACCCAGGGCUCAGCCAGCCUAAGUGCCACUAGCCGGAUGCCGGCGCCCCCUGGGCCCGAGGCGAGUGGCUGGCCCGGCCUCCUCAUGUCCUGCCUGAAGGGCCCACAGGUCAUCCUCAAGAUGGAGACCAUGAAGAUUGUUCACCCAGAGAAGUUCCCAGAGCUCCAGGCGGGAACCCCCCGCUACACCCCCACCCCCAGGCCCGCUCCUGCCCUGGCCCCCAAGAGGGCCUGGCCUUCAGACACGGAGAUCAUCGUCAAUCAGGCCUGUGGUGGGGAUGUUCCUGCCUUGGAAGGGGUACCUCGAACACCACCUCCCCCCAGGAGGCCCCGGAAGAGCAGCGCCGAGUUGGGCUUCCCCCGAGUCGCUCCUGGUGAUGAGGUCAUUGUGAACCAAUACGUGUUACGGCCCGGCCCAGCUGGGGAGCCGCUGGAGUGCCCGACCUGCGGGCACACAUACAACCUGACCCAGCGGCGUCCACGGGUGCUGUCCUGUCUGCAUUCUGUGUGCGAGCAGUGUCUACAAAUCCUUUAUGAGUCCUGCCCCAAGUACAAGUUCAUCUCUUGCCCUACUUGCCGCAGGGAGACUGUGCUCUUCACUGACUAUGGGCUGGCUGCCCUGGCUGUCAAUACAUCCAUCUUGAGUCGUCUGCCACCAGAGGCACUGACUGCCCCACCUGGCCAGUGGGGUGGUGAGGCUGAGGGCAGUUGCUACCAGACCUUCCGCCAGUACUGUGGGGCUGCCUGUACCUGCCACGUGCGGAACCCGCUGUCUUCCUGCGCUAUCAUGUAGUGCUCCCCACCCCCCGAUACCUGCUACCCCCUCAUCCCCCAUGCUAGGACUUCUGCUCCUCUUGGUUCUUCCAGUGUCAGACUUUUGGAACAUCCCAAAGGACUUAGCAGAAAAGCACUGCAACCUAGAUGUUCCCUGUCUCCAUAUGUUCUGGGAUCCUUACUUUCCUUCGACCUCCCUGGGUGUUUGCUUACCCUCUGAAGCUGCUUCUCCUACAAGUGGAGCCAUGCUAGCCCCUAAGAAGAAGCCUUUUCUGUCCCUGCCCUGCUGCUUCCUAUUCCUCACCCCUUCAAAAAGGGGUCUCUGCAGCCAGUUUUGCCAUUAAAACCCUUUGCCAAAGUUGCCAUUUCAAUUGCUAAUUGGAACCAUCUUCAACAGCACAACCCUCCUCCCCAGGUGGACAUAAGCCUCAGUCCGAGUCUCUCCUUUCUCUCCUUCCUUAUAGCAGAGUAGUCAUGGGAGAGAGGCCCAUGAAAUCCAACCCAGAGCCCCUUCAAUCUAACAGGUCUGCAUCCUCCCCAGGAACCCUUCUACCCAGAGUUGGGUCCCAGGUUCUCCCUUCCAGCAAUGAAGACACGGUCCCUGGAGUCUCAUGUCAGCAUGCAACUAGGCUCCAUUUGUGUGCUUCGUUAUGUUGGGCCUUGCGUGUGAGCCUGGGAAACAUGGACAACCGGAUCUAGAGGCCUCUUAUUUCCUUUAUACAUCUGGGCUGGUUCCAUCAGCCAAGGAUUCCCCAGCAAGAAGGGACUACAGGCACCCACUUCUCUCCUGUGUGGGUGACCCCUCUUGGAACUCUGGGCCUCUACUACUGCUGUGCUUGAACCCAGGGAUCUACUGAUCUCCUUCCCCCUGGGUCACGUAUGGUAAACCUUUUUAUCUUGGUUCAGCUCAGUGUCAGGGGCAAGAAUAAGGACAAUAACUACUACUAAGGACAGUUCAUAUUUCUAUAGCACUUUACGUUUACAAAGCGUUUUCCUCACAGCAACCUUGUGAGGUAGGCAAUGCAAGUAUUAUCCCCAUUUUACAGAUGAGGAAACAGGCUCAGAGGUGACAUGACUUUUGCCCAAGGGACUUGAACCCCAAUCAUUGAAUUCUAAGUCUAGCGCUUCUUCCACCACCCUUUGCUGUCCCCCAGAAGCAGAUGAUCUGUAACUUAUUCCAUAUAAGCUGCUCUGGGGCUCAGUAUUUGCUCUGAUCAGGAAUGCGUGCUCUGCAAACUCAUCUGCUUCUCUGCUAUUGUGUUUCUUUCCUUCUGCCCCAGAGUUUCCUAGUAAAGACUCCUUUUGAAAAAUUC